AUGAAAGUAUAAGACAUAAAAAAUGCUUCAUUCUUUCUUUCAACGAUAAGAAACAAUUUUCAGGCUUUUCCAGAAGAAACUUCUAUUGUAUUAUAUUUAUUUUUUUAGAAGGCGAGAAAAAUACUCCGUUAUUUCUAUCAGGAAACAGAUUGAAGCAGUGUGAGGGUUACUCCAUGAGUGCUUUCCUCACCAGAUUUUAGAGAGCGAAUUUUUGCUCGGUGAUCUUUGUGCGUGUGAAAGCGAAGGUGCAUCAGCCAUGAAGAGCUGCAAAGCCAGUUCCCUGGAGCCGGUGGUGGAGCCAGGAGCGGGCUGCGUGGUGAAGUGCAGCUCGGAGAGGCUGGAGAACGCUGCCAAGAGGAGGCUGGCCGCCAACGCCCGCGAGAGGAGGCGCAUGCAGGGCCUCAACACGGCCUUCGACCGCCUGAGGAAGGUGGUGCCGCAGUGGGGGCAGGAUAAGAAACUCUCCAAGUACGAGACCUUGCAGAUGGCUCUGAGCUACAUCAUGGCUCUGACCAGGAUCCUUGCCGAAGCAGAGAGGUUCAGCGCCGAGCGAGAGUGGCUCAGCCUGCACUGUGAGCACUUCCACGGCGACAGCUACCACCGCUACCCGGCCCAGAAAGCCGCUGCCGACGGCGAGCCUUACGCGCACAGGGCGCUCAGCUACCACCCCGAGCACUUCCAGAUAGCUAACUAGAGCUUCUUGCCACCUAAGGGUGUGCAGCAGGCCUGAUGUGUCACUUAAUAAUUAGCAAGAGUUAAUCUGCUUGACUAAGGUAAUACUGGCGUUAUUAUAGCUCAUUCUUGUUUGCAUCUUACAGUCAUUUGACAAAAUAAAUUUGCUCGCAGAAUGUAAAGCCAAAAGGUGUUUAAGAUGAAUGAAUUUAUUUAAUGCUGGUGGAAAUUAUACUUUUAAUUUGAAGUAUUGCUGGCAGUUGUUUCCUGGUUUAUCUAGUGUAUUUAAUGCUUUAAUUAAAGUUUUUGGUGUCUUUUUUUACUGUGAUGAAUCAUGGCAGUAUUUCUACAUAUCAUGGGACAAGUUGACCCGUGGUGUAACUGAAUGGAAUAGCACCAGAAAUGGAUCUCAUUCCAUGUUUUUCUUUUAAUGUCAGCUUUAAAGUUGUUCUUUAGUGUCUUUUCGCAUAAAUAGUUCACAUGGAAAAAGUUUUAUAAUGUAUUGGAGUUCUAGUCCUCAGAGAACUAACUUUCUUAAACUUUGUAAGUUUGACAUAUGGGUUCCAAAGUUGUGUAGGUUUGCUUUAAUCCAAUUUAUGGUGUCUCUUGUAUGCUCGAAAAAGAGCUGGUUUCAAGUCAUGGAAGGAAUGUUUUAUUUUCAAUGGUUGUAAAAACACGUGUGAUUGUAUACCAUAAAUGAGAAUACUUGUGUGAAAAUAAUCUAAGCUUCUAGAUUUUUGUAGGCUUUAAAUGAUGGGA